GACUGUAUAUAUAUUGCGCAUAAACAAGAUAUCAUUACGUAAUCAAGUAUAGAGUACUUAUGUAUUAAGCGCUAUAAAUACAAAUAAAGAAAAGGUCUGAAAAUUGGGUUGAAAGGCGAUUUGUUUUGGCUUUUUCUCACAAACUCCAAUUAUUCCUUCAAUACAUUCUCCAUUAUGCACAUAAUUGCUUAUAUAAUUUAGUUAGGAGGGUGGGGCGAUUCUAUCAAGUUCUCAACCUAACCGUCGGCAAAGAGGUGGACGGCAGUAGAGAGUAAACGGCUAAUGAAUGGCUGCGGAGAGGUGGGAUGGUUCUUUUGAAAAAAGCAAAACUAUAAUAUAAAAGCCCACAUCAUUUCUUUUUCGAAACGAUUAGGCUAAUGGAUGAUUGUUGAAAUAACGAAUCAUUGAAUAAAUUGCGAAUAAUAAUAAUCCAUCGAAUGGUAAUAGUAAUAACAAUAGUAAUAAUAGUAAUACUAAUAAUAAUAGUAGAUUGAUAAAACGGUUUGUAAGAAGGAAAGAUGAUGAAAAUAAUGAUGAUAAAAAGGAAUAAAGAUUAACAAAAAAAGGGAGGCUAAAGGAUUAGGCAAAGGACGAGGGAUAUUAUUUUUUGGGCGAGUUGAAAAUUGCUUUUCAUAUUACAUUUUAUCAAUAAUUCUCUCAGCCACUUUUUCUUUAUAAAUCCAAUAACUUAUAGUAAAUAUUAUCUGCCUUUGCAAAGCUUCUUUUCCUCCUUCCAUAUUAUUUUAGCGAGUAUUGCUCGUUAUUCAUUCUGAAGGAUGAUUGCUUUUUUACAGUUGCGAUCGAUUGAGUGGAAAAUGAAGACAAAUCCCGACGUCUAACACAAACUUUAACAAAAUUGUUCAUAAACAAUUUAACCUGUUUGUUCUGCCUUUCUUCUCCUAUUCCCCCUCAUAUCUCCUUGUGUGUUUAUGUCUCUCCCUCUCUCUUACUUUUUCUCCUUUCUUAUCUUGCUUUAUCUAUCACAUACCUUUAUCGAACGAUUAAGAUUAGCUAGAGUUACCUUGCUAUCGGAAAAGCCCUCCCUCUCUCCUUCCGCGAUUUACUUUACCCUUUCCCAACGCCCCUUUCGCCCCCUUCUUGCUUCUACCCCUUUGCCAUAUCCGCCAUAUCAAUAUUUAAUGCUAUUCAUAUCGUCUUACAUAAAUUUAUUCAGCAAUAUCUGAAACUGAACAGUAAGAUAAACAACUAAAAAUCAAAUAUCCCUUAAACCAACAUAAUUUCUUCUUCUCUUUCUCUUCCUUAUCUAUUUUAAGGCACGCUCCGCUACUCGAAAUUUCCUCACUCGCUUCACUCCCACCAGAAGAACAGAUUGCAUAUGAUCGGUCAUCAAGGUCAAAACGAUUGCCUUCUACAUCUCUAUUUCUCUUUUUAAUAGUUCAAUAAAUUAUUUUUAUACAACAAUUCUUUUUCUGUUAUUCGUUCGUUCGCUCAGUUAUUCAUUCACUCACUCACUCACCAAUUCAUUCAUUCAUUCAUUCAAACAUUUAUUUAUUUUUAACUUUUAUUUAAAUUUCUUUCUCUCUCUCUCUCUCUUCGUUUCUUCCCUUCAUUGAAUUGUUUUCUUUAUUAAUCUUUUACUUUUUCACACCUACUCUUUAACUAGUUAAUAAAAUCAAAUUAUUUCAUCAUUUUCAUUUGCCGUUAAACCUCGAUCAUUAAGAAAAAUAACCGCAACAAUUACAAACCAAUAGUCGAUAAUUGAAUUAAUUGAUUAUUAAUAAUCCCUAAUCCGAUUAAGAUCGAAUUCUUUUCAAUUGGAAAAAAACACCGCUUUCACAAAACCAACUCAUACCCACCGCUCCUCUCUCUUAACCCUAUCCAACCCCCUCCCCCCUAGAAUAAUCUUUAUUUUUUCAUUCAACGGCACCCCCUAGUCAAACCGUUCAACCACAGACUAUCGAGUAGAGUGCCCCUAUCCUUUUCUCUCUUUCAGUUAUCUCAUUCCUUUUUCGCUGGAGUAGAAACCCCUCUUUUUUUGGUGUCGAUUCUGUAACGAUAUGCUUCUUUCUGUUUCAAUUUAACAGCUUUCUCUUUCUCUCUCUCUCUCUCUCUCUCUCUCUUUCGCUUUUCUGCUCUCUUCUCUUUUCCUAUAAAUCUCAAUCUAUUUUUAUUCUCAAAAUUUCAUUCUCCUUAGUUUUCUUCUUCAUCUCCUUUUAACUUUGUUCAUGUAUCUUUCUAACCAUCCAUCCAUCUAUAUAUCUAUCUAUCUUUCCCCCUGUCGUUCUCUCUCUAUUUCUCUCGCUCUCGCUCUCGAUCGCUCCGCGCUCUCCUCCAACGCCACCUAGGUCAGGUUUAAGCGCCACAACGAUUCGAAUCGCCAUACAAGAAUCUGUAAACGAUUAAUCUCAGCGGAUUAUGAUAAAUGGCUUCAGUGAUGCGGAAUAUUAGCGAAAAUAGCAAUCUGACUUUAAAUGAGGAUGCUGGCUAUCCAUUGGGAGUACAAAUUCUAAUAGGCCUAGUUUUAGCGGCAAUUAUUUGUUUGUCAUUAAUUGGAAACACAGUGGUAUGUGUGGCAAUUUUAACGGAGAGAAACUUGAGAAAGGCUGGAAAUUAUUUUCUCGUAUCUCUGGCCAUAGCGGAUUUGCUCGUCGCUGGGACUGUGAUGGUGUUUGCAGGAGCUAAUGAUGUAAUGGGAAGGUGGAUAUUCGGGCGUCACUUUUGUAAAAUAUGGUUAUCUUUGGACAUAAUGUGCUCUACGGCGUCCAUACUCAAUUUAUGCGCAGUUAGCCUAGACAGAUACUUGCAUGUUCGAGCACCAUUGCAUUACGACAUAAAAAUGUCGACUUUUCGAGCCGUCCUCGCUAUAGGCCUAAUCUGGGCAUGUUCGGCCUUAAUAUCGUUUUUGCCAAUACAUUUAGAUUGGCACGUGAGGACUAGAGCCAUCUUUAACGGAUUCUGUAUGAUGGACUUGAAUCCCAUAUAUGCAACUGCAUCGUCUCUCGUGUCGUUCUACGCACCGUGCAUAGUUAUGAUAGUUUUGUACUUGAGACUAUUCCAAAGCGCUCGCAGGCACGUCAGAAGCAUUAGGAGAGGAACAUUCGAUAGGUCGGCCUACAAAGUCAGUGACGCCAAGGCGGCGACAACUUUAGGAAUAAUUAUGGAGCAUCUUCACAAGAUGGAUUAUCGGUCAAGAUUCGUUCCAGAGCCGAUUGGAUGCAGAUGAAUUGGAAAAUCUCUGAUGUGUCAUCGUUUGAUCCUGAAGGGGUUAGAGACACGAAGGAUAACGGGUUGGGUGGGCUUAAAGUGCAUGCAAAAGUAGGAGAUUAACAGAAAGAAAGAAAGAGGCUCGGAAAAGAGAGAGAGAAGAGUGCUGGGGAGCAAAAGGGGAAGGAAGAGAAAAAGGAGAGAGAUAAUUGAAAGAUAGCGUUAUGAAAGUCCAAUGCCAAAUUGGACUGUUGGUGAAAAAUUUCGUAAUUGAACAUAAAAGUCGAAGGAAACUGAGAUAAAUGCUGAUCAUGAUUGGUUUGAAUAAGAAGAAACAUAUACAAUGUAUAUAAUUCCGUUGCGAGGAAUUUCCUUUUAGCUUAAUAUACCCGGAAUAAGACGCCUGCAGCUUAGCGAGGUCUAUCACUGACCGGAUAUGAAGCUAUUUUUGACGCUCUCUUUUAGACGAGAAAGAAGCGAAGGUUUAAAGCGUUGAAAAAGCGGCGCCCGAGAAGACAGCCGGCGUUUCCACUUCAAAGACUCCUAUUUAUGAAACCCCUCAAAUAAUGGCCUUAGAAAUUCUUCCUUACUGGCUUAAUCACACUAUUCAGGUGUCAUUAGAGAAUGGAAAUAUUAUUAGUACUCGUCUCUGAAUCAUUCACGCAAGGUAAAGCCGAUCCAAGUCAAGUCACACACAAUCACUUAAUCUGUUCCUUUCAGCCCAUUUUUAUUCAAUCUGUAUCAAUCUAUUAGAAAAAGAGAAAAGGGUUGU